AUGUGUCGUGUGUACGCGAUCGUUGUUGCAGCGGCGCUGCUCGCCGUACCGCACUGUUGCCGUGCGGCGGAAGGCGUGGGCGACACGUUGAUGAAGAUGUUCCGCAUACAGACCAUCGAAAACCACACGGACGUCCAAAUACCCAGCUACAUGUACGAGUUGUACGAAGACACCGGAAACAGGCAAUACGACGUGAUAAGGAGCAUCUCUCCGACAAAGGAAUCACUGGGCUCGUAUAGUCAGUUUGUUUAUGACCUGAGUACACUUGAACCCUCUGAAGUAGUCCAAAAAGCAGUCCUUCAGCUUGAACCUAACACAAAUCAUCAAUUUAGCAAGGCCAUAAAUGUAUCAUUUUUCGCUUUGCCUAAACAAACCGUGUCUAAAACGUAUUUAGGGUCAGGAACUAUACACGGUACUUUAAAUUUGGUCAACACUCUGGGUUCACAGACAUUAAACAACUUCGACCAGUUAGUCGUUCAAAUGGAAGGUGCGGUAAAAUUGUCUAUUGGACUCGUGUUAUAUUCGAUAACCACUAGUGGUGAAUAUGCAAAAGGAAAUGAAUUGGCAAACUUACUGUUUGAAACUUCAGUUAAACGACGUAAAAGGUCAGUCGCUGAUAAUGAAAUUGACAUUAAGCGAAAAAGUUUCACGAAUGAACCAAAACGAAAGAAGAAGAAGCAAAAAAUUUCACGAUCCAAUAAAUUACAGGCCGUGGACACGGGCGACACGAUCACGUUUACCGGCAUGGACCAGUGUCGGAUGGAGAAGCUGGUGCUGAACUUCGCGGACAUCGGCUGGGAAGACUGGGUGAUCUACCCGAAGGGGUUCGAGACCAACUACUGUGCGGGCGGUUGCCUGUUCCCGCUGGGCAAGGGGUCCAAGCCCACCAACCACGCGACCGUGCAGAGCCUGGCCCGAUCGUUCGGCCGGUUAUGGGACCUGCCGGAGCCGUCGUGCGUGCCCGACACGCUAGCCCCGCUCACGUUGCUGUACAUGGACAGGUCCAACCACGUGCUGCUCAAAAGCUACCCCGACAUGAGGGUGAUCACGUGCUCUUGCAAGUGAUGCUACCGCGGUUAUGACAUGCACGUCGGCGGUGACGUUGCGCGACACCGCCGACAACAAUGUUUCAUGGCGCGAUGUACUUCUGUAUACUAUCUAAUUUUAAUUUAUUGUUCUGCUAGGCACAAAUCGUCGUUGAUCCGACACACUCAAAUUUAACUAUAAUGUGACCGAGUCAGAUAUUCCGUAUUAUAUCGCACUCGUACACCGUGUGCCUAUCAUUAUAGUACGGCGGUGAACAGUUAUUAUAUUAUCUACUGUGGCAGGCUCUGCGUUCAUUAUUUUUUCCUAGUUGAAUUUUGUGAUUUCGAAAAAAAAAAAUAAUUUAUUAUAAAUUCAUAAGUGUGUAGUUUGAAGUUUAUUUAAACGCAUACAUUAAUAUAUAUAUAAAAAAAUCCCAGUUCAAGUAAAAGGAACGAGGUUUUUCUUUUGUAAAAAUUAGGUGUUAUAAAUACUGCUUUAAUCUAAAUAGAAAUAUAUUUUUACUCACAAAUAUUGACUUGUCGAAUUGGCGUAAACAUCGUUAAAUAGAUCGCUCUAUACAAUAGUAUAUAAUAUAUUGUAUACUAUUAUGCAUUAUAGUAAUUCGUUUACGGAUGCUUUGCACAAUACAGCGAAAUAAUAAUAAAAUUAUUACGGCUAAUGACAAAGAUAAAAGUUCAAUGUUACCAAAUCGUGUGGUGAUUUGUACAGCUUAGGUUAAUCCGCAGUAGAUAAUACAUGUAUAAUUGUCCAUUGUACAAUAUUUAUGAACCGUUAUUAUACUAUUGCUAUUUAUUGAAAAAUUGUAAUAUUUAAAUAUCUAUUAUUAUUGUGAUUGUUCUCGAUAAGUGCAUAAUAGCAAUAAUAAUAAAAUAAUAAACAUUUUGCUACGUCACAUACAUAAAAAUAAAAAAAAUAUUAUAAAUACAUAAUUAUUGUAUAAUAUUCAGAAAGUCCAAGUCCAGUUCUUUUGAAACGAUACAGCAUUAGAAGUGCGACGUCCCGUCAUCGGAAAAGUGAUCGCUUUAUUUUUAUUUUUUAAAUGUUAUUUCAGACUUAAGUGAAUGCGAUAUUCAGUUUUGGUUGGUUAUUAUCCACUUUAUUGAAGUGUGCUUACCAUAUUAAUGUUACUUUGUUUUAAAUUGUUUAUUUUGAAUGAAUUAUGAAUGUGACGACGCAAUGUUUGAUGAUGAUACACGAAAAUUGUAUUAUUAUCGUACCGAUAUUUUGUCUUAUGUUGAUAAUGAUCUAUUAUUAUAAUACCAUGUUAUAUGUUACAUUAUUAUUACCUAAAGUUUAAGAUGAGUUGCAUUAUAUUAUUUUUAAGCUGUC